AUGGGAUUGGGAUGGAUCCGUGACGGGGCUGGAUCCGGGGUUGAACCGGUUGAGCCUCGUUCCCGUUCCCACCCCCAGUGCGGCUCCGAGCGCUUCUCCCGCCGUGGGGGCGGAGCCUCAGGGUCAGGCCCCACCCUCCGGCCCCGCCCACGCCCCGCCCACGGCCCCGCCCUGCGAACCGUGUCCAGGCCAAUGGUGGUGACCCUGGGGCCCGAGAGGGGCGGGGCGACAGGUGCCCCCCCGCUGCCGUUCCCCCCUCCCCCCUCCGUGCUGCGCCUCCCCCCUCCCCCCCAGCAACGGGACCGGCCCCGCCCCCCCCCCGCGGACCCCCAGGUCCCCCCCGGGGUCGUCGCUGCCGUUUCCUUCGGGGCCUUCGUGGUGGGGGCAGCGCUGGCGGGGGGGGUCUGGUUCGUGCACGGGCGCACAGCUGCCCCACGGCCCCCUCCUGCCCCCCCCAGGUCCAACGCUGCCCCCCAGUGCCAGCUCAGGAGCCCCCCCCUGAAGCCGCCGCCUGUCGGGGCCCCCCCCACAGCACCCUGAGGCCGAUCCCCCCCCCCCCCCCCAUGGAUGGAA